UCAGAUGGCUCCCGCAAAGAAGGGCGGCGAGAAGAAGAAGGGACGCUCUGCCAUCAACGAGGUGGUGACUAGGGAAUACACCAUCAACAUUCACAAGCGCAUCCAUGGCGUGGGCUUCAAGAAGCGAGCGCCGCGUGCGCUGAAGGAGAUCCGUAAAUUCGCCAUGAAGGAGAUGGGCACUCCCGACGUCCGCAUCGACACCAGGCUCAACAAGGCCGUCUGGGCCAAGGGAAUAAGGAACGUUCCUUACCGAAUCCGCGUGCGCUUGUCCAGGAAGCGCAACGAGGAUGAAGAUUCACCCAACAAACUCUACACGCUGGUUACCUACGUGCCAGUCACAACCUUCAAAGGUCUACAGACAGUCAAUGUGGAUGAAAAUUAAACUAAUUUUCAUUACAAUAAAAAGAUAAAAAGAAAAUUUACUC